GUGCGUAUGCAGAUAAAAUUUGGGAAACUUAUGACAGUAUCUGGUUGUUCAAAACUCAACGUCAGAGGGAAGUUGCAGCGUUGUGUUAGAAGUGAAAACUACCAACAUGUCACAAGAGGCUUGGGCCAUCCCAGUGGUGAUAGGAGUAGGAGUAGUAGCUGUCACAGCUAUCCUGGCUAAGAUUUUCCUGUUUGGGAAGAAGAAGAAACCCCUGGUGACCCUAGAGGAUCCCAACACCAAGUACUCGCUCAAACUUAUCGACAAGGAGGAAGUUAGUCAUGACACCAGAAGAUUCCGUUUUGCCCUGCCAAGCACCGGACACAUCCUCGGACUUCCUGUUGGCCAGCACAUUUAUUUGACUGCUCGCAUUGAUGGUCAGCUGAUCAUUCGGCCCUACACGCCUGUGUCCAGUGACGAUGACAAGGGUUGUAUGGACCUGGUCAUCAAGGUGUACUUUAAGAACGUACACCCCAAGUUCCCGGAGGGCGGUAAGAUGAGUCAGUACCUGGAGGCCAUGUCUGUUGGGGAUUACAUCGACGUGCGUGGACCCAACGGUCUCCUGAAGUACACUGGCCCAGGAGAGUUCAGUAUCCGCCCUGACAAGAAGACACAGCCGGACACCUACACUGCCAAGAAAUUGGGGAUGAUCGCUGGCGGUACAGGCAUUACUCCCAUGUUACAGCUCAUCCGACAGGUAUUCAAGGAUCCCAAGGACAAGACUGAGCUGUCUCUGCUCUUUGCUAACCAGACCGAGGAUGACAUCCUACUUAGAAAUGAACUUGAAGACAUCGCAGCGGAACACCCAACACGCUUCCACCUCUGGUACACCCUCGACAGGCCAAGCGAAGAUUGGACCUACAGUAAGGGGUUCGUGAGCGCUGACAUGAUCAAAGACCACCUUCCUGGCCCCGGAGACAGCACAAUGAUCAUCAUGUGUGGACCCCCGCCUAUGAUCAACUUUGCCUGUAUUCCCAAUCUGGAAAAGCUUGGUUACAGCCCUGAAAUGAGAUUUGCAUAUUAGAACAAAGUUCAAACUACAGCCAGCUGGCUGAAGUAGUACUAGUGUGCACCAAAAUAUUGUCACCUUGUGAGCCCAGACUUACCACUAACAAUGGACGCGAGUCCAUUCUAGAGUGGGCAUUGAUUUUAGCACAAAUGUUCAAAUGUAUAACCCAAUUAUUCUACGAUGAUAUCAGAAAUACCUGCAUGAAAAGAAAUUUGUUUUCAAGACUUGAAAAGAUCCAAGGUAAAAAAAAAUGGCCUCCUUGAAAUGAAAUGUAUGGUAAGAAUGUUUUGAAAGGACUUUUUCUCUGGUAUAGAAUUUUGAACUCAUCUGGAGAGACGGGCGUUUGUUAUAAAUUUCUUAAAGAAGAGCCAAUGAUAUGAUCCAAGAUGCAAGUUUAGCGUUCUUGUGAUCAAGGCAUAAGACCACUUGACAGGUUCAAGUUGCUGUAUUAUUGUUAUAUGUUAUAUUAAUGCUUUAAAAUGAAAGUGCUGUUAUGCAAGAGAAGUGGUCAUAUUAAAAUGAAAGUGCUGUUAUGCAAGAGAAGUGGUCAUAUCUUUAACUCUCUGAACGUUUUUGUGCAAAGAGACGUUUAUAUUGUUUAAGGCAAGAGAUACAGUGUUCAAGGUGCAAGCUAAAUGAAUGUAUCGAAACUAAGAGCAAUAUUUAUUAUAAAACAUGUAGUAUAUUUUGACUAUUUCCUACUUAAAUAUUUUAUAAUCUAUAAUUAUCUAUAGGAAUAUCAUUUUUUUUACACUCACAUUAUAAUCAUGAAGUUACAAUGUACAUUAAUUUUGGGCAAAACUGGAGAAAGUUGUUUCUUUUUCUUUUUAUAUGAUACAUCAAGUGUGUCGGGUUUUCAGUGAAGUUUUAUUGUGUACUUUGAAAUUUGGAAGUUUGUUGCUUUCACCUAAGAGUUACUGUAAUAGUAAGUUUUCAGAGAGUUAGCUUUUAAAAAGUCUUAGAAGAAAACACUAGUUUUUGCUGUUGUCAAAUACAUGUACCAUUUACUUUAAAAUGAUCAAUUGAUCUUCAGCCCAUUUUAUUUUGGCCUUUAGACAAGUACCUUGAAAAAAGCAAAUAAAAUAUGUACAUUUCUUAGAGUGAAAAAAAACUUACGGGUGGAUUCAUAACAGGGUGAAUGUAUAUUGAAAGAAACAAGAGCGAUAAGCUUAGCAGUUGUAUAGAGUUUUAUUUGCCGAAACAUAAAAUUGUAUUUUGUAAAGACCUGCUUGAAGAUGGAUAAUUUUGUAUUAUUUAUUCAUUGGUGAUAAUUUCAAAUCAUAGAAUUGGUUGGUUUUUUUUUGACAAUUUGGUACACAUUUUUAAAAGAACACAUGAAAAAUCACUGAACAUUUCUUACAAGAUCGGUACAUUUGAAUAAAUCUAGAAUCUGAGCAAGUCAUGUUUUUUUUUUGUCAAGUAAUUAAGAAAUGGAUAGUUUUAAUAAACUUUUUACGGAGGUAAUAAAGCUGUAUAUUUGUAAGUCACAUAUCAUUUUUGCUGCUAAUUCGUGGUGUUGUUUUUGUAUUGGCUACCAGUUAUAAGCAUAUAAUUUUUUUCCUUGUAUUCCAAGUAAAAAGGUAAACAUUUUAUAUAUUGGUUAAUAUUACAGAAGAAAUCUGAAUUUACAACAGGUUGAGAGAAAAAGCAUAUUAAGAUACACAUUGUUUUGUAUCUCUUAAUAACGUAUGUUGAUAUAAUUAUUUUAGAAAACACCUUAGUUUAAGCAAUGUCAUAUAUGCAUAGCGUUGAUUUUUUUAUAUCUUUUUGAGCAAACAAUUCCAGUUUAUGCCUAUAUUUAGCGUUAAAACUUCAACAAUGUUGCAUUUUUCAUUUAGACAUUCUUUUACGCAAACCUCCUGUUAUUUAUUUCACUAACUGUUGGUUGAAGGGGUGAUAUUUACACUUACUGUUGCUGUAUAUUAGAGGUGCAUCACUGUUCCGUGUGUGUGUGGAGAGGGUUUGAAGGGAUGAGAACGAUUCCUGUGACAGACUGCACAUAUUGUACUAGAUCAUAUUACUGUUUCUAUACUGUAAAUUAACAUGAAUAAACACUUGCCUUGCUUAUAUA